UUAAACAAUUUGUUAUCACUCACACUCAUUCUCAAGUGAUUAAAAUCUUUAUAUUUAUUUCUUGGAAAUGAUUUCAACAAGUUAUUCAUGAGGUGUGUGUUUAAAUUUUAGUAUUAAUGGCAAAUUUACCGAAUGGCUGGCUUCAGCUGGUACCUCUCUGAAGGCUUCCAAGUGAUUAUUGAGAAGUCGAAAGAAGAUAAAUGUUCAUUAAAUGAUGUACAGUUACGUUUCCUUUGCCCUGAUGAUUUAGAAGAAGUUAGAGCACUAUGCAGAGAUUGGUUCCCAAUAGAAUACCCACAGUCAUGGUACGAAGACAUAACAUCCUCUGAGAGAUUCUUUGCCCUCGCUGCGGUAUACAAAACACAAAUUAUAGGGCUCAUUGUUGCUGAAAUCAAACCAUAUUUAAAAUUAAAUGCAGAGGACAGAGGAAUAUUAUCAAGAUGGUUUGCAUCAAAAGACACACUUGUAGCUUAUAUACUGUCAUUAGGUGUUGUCCGAUCAUUCAGACGUUCUGGAGUCGCAACAAUGCUAUUGGAUGUAUUGAUCAAUCACUUAUCGGGACCAGUUGUUCAGCUUCCUCAUGAACAUAGAGUCAAGGCGAUAUUCCUUCACGUACUCACCACAAACAAUGAGGCUAUACAUUUCUAUGAAAAGAGAAGAUUUCGAUUACAUUCAUUUCUACCUUACUACUAUUCUAUAAAAGGCCGUUGUAAGGAUGGAUUCACAUAUGUAUAUUAUGUGAAUGGAGGGCACGCUCCUUGGGGGUUAUAUGACUAUGUGAAAUAUGUGGCCCGUGCUGCAUGGAGCGGAGGUGGGCUUUACCCUUGGAUAUGGGGUAAGCUUCGCACAGCCCUCACCAUAGCGUGGCACAGAUAGUCAAUUUAAUACUCCUUUGUGAAUUAUAUACUCUACACUAACAUGCUAAUGUUAAUCUUAAGUCUACUACUAAGAAUAUUUGGCAAGAAUUCAAAACCAUUCCCUACCACCAAAUAUUGGGUUUUAAAAAAAUUAUAUCGUCCAAUAUAAAUAAUUAAUUGGCAAAUAUCAAAUGACAAAUAUAUUUCCCUUUUUGUUUAAUUACCUUUCAGUACCAUUUCAUUAAACUUUUUUUAUUUUAAAUGUUGCUAAUUAUUUAUUUUUUAUAAAAAUUAAAUAAUGAUAAUCUGGGUUGUAAAGUUUGAAGAAAACAUCUUAUGACAACAGUGUGCAUUAGAAUUGUAAGAAAGCGGUUUUAACUAUUCAUGUGUCUUUUACGGUCACACUUAUAUGGAAAAAAAUUGAAAUUAUUACACCAGUAUACAUAUAACACAUGUUUUGGUGCAUUUAGUAUACAUAUUAGAUAUACAUAAAAAUUUAAUACAGAAAUAUAACAAUUUACAUUCUAGUCCUAAGCUCAAAUUCGCACGGGCGCUUUUUUAACGCGCGGUAAAAAAACUUUGUGGUUUAAGAUAUUUAUUUCUCUAAGAAUAUACAAUUCACUUAAUGAGAAACAUUUUUUUUUACAUUUACAAUUUACAGGUAACUUUGACAUGUAAAAACUGCGUUUCCAGGUAUCUGUUCACAUAAUAUAAAACUUCAUGAAUCAAAAGUGAUUUUGUAGCGCUAGGGCGUUAAAAAAACGCUCGUGCAAAUGAGGGCAAAGACACCAUUGAAAUAGUAUGGGUUUGCUAGGCUUAUGGAAAUUUUGAUAUUUUUUUUUUGUCGACCAAAUGUUUAUGGUGCAACUGUUAUAAAAAAACAUGUCAUGGAAAUGUAUGUAUUUUUGCUUGCACUGCUAAAGUCGAAAUUAUACCAAGUCUAAUUAUUUAAAAUAAUGUCAUAGUGCAGGCUUCAUUACAAAAAGGAAAAAACUUUUGUUAUUUAUUUAAGUGCAAAGAAUACUGUCGUUUAUAUUUGAUUUUUCAUAAAAUUAAUCCAGUGUUUUGUAAUACCUAAGGCAUUGUAGACACAUAAACUUUGUUUUUUACUAAUGUAGAAGAUUAAGGCAAAUCCGAUCAAUUUUUAACAGUUUGAAAUAUAAUAUAAUUGCAAGCUAUUAUGUAAUAUAAUUGUUUUUAAUAGAAUUUCUUAUAUAUUUUGUUAUUAUAAAAUGAUUCAUAAAUUUUAUUAUAUUAUGCCUAAUGCAAAUGAUAAACAAAAUUGAUGUGCAUCACAUUUUGUAAAUUUUGUAAUUUUUAUACCGAAAUUGCAUAAAUCUUGCAUCAAUGUAGUAAAGAAAUAAGGAUGAUAAUUUGAAACUACCUACACUGCCAUUAACAUCGUCCACAACACAAGCAAUGGCUUACAUUUGAACUUUUUGUAAAAUGAAAUAGAAACUUAAAUCUCCGUUUCACUAGACUUUAUUAAGUCUUUGUACAGUAGGCGUCACUGGCGUUAUUCCAUUUACCAUAAAAGUGCCUUUUUAUAAAUAACCAAAUGCGGUGCUAUUGAUGUUUUGAAUAAAUCGGUUACCUGCAUACAUCUUUGUGAGUUACGCUGUUACAUUUACAGACCAUUAUCGUUUAAACACGUGCAAUAUGUUCGAUUAUCGCUUUAUAGUUGGAACACCGCCAGCGAACCUCACUGUACUUAAGUUGUACCCAGUCUUGCUGUUUGACUUUUUCACAUUAUCUUAAUAUUUUGUUUUCCAUUGCUCUUUUAUAUCUUUAAAUUAAUUAGACAUUAAUUUUGGUAAAAUCUAACUUAUGUGUCAAAAUUUAUUGUCUUUUCAUACCGAUUUAAGAUGGGAUGAUGGGGAAUAAUACAUUAUGGGCGAUAGGUUUCCCCAUAGGUUCGUUUCAUCUCUUUAAAUGGUUUUCACGUAUGAUAACACCAAACAUUGUUAUACUAUGUAUAUCAAAUAAGAAUUAAAUAUAGAAUUAUUCCAAUAAUAAUAAUGCAUUGGCAUUUACCAUUAUUGUGUACUUUUACAAAUUAGGCACAUUUUACACCAAUAUACAGAAGGGAAAUUACAGAAUGUACUUUAUACAGUGCCAUGGGUUUAUGCCAAGAAAUUAAAAGUAAGGAGCCUGCGUGUUCAAAUAUACGGUAAAUAUUAAAGUAAACAGUAAUAUAAUUGAUAUUGAUAAGUGAAAUUUCUUUUAACAAUAGUUUGAAUUAAACCGCGUCAUUAUAAUCGACAUAGUAGGUCCGUUUUAAUAACUGCUAAAAAUGAUAUAUGUAGACUUAUCACAAAUAUAAAAGCCCUCGGUAAAAUAUGAAACAAAUUCCUCUGCGCAUAUUGGAACUUGAUGUAAGAAGCCGAUUGUAGCGCCACCAGGAUACGAUUUUUAUAUUCAUGGAAACGGAAAAUUUAUUUUAUACGAACUUAUCUGACACAGUCAUAUAUUUCACUCAGCUAAUGAGUUAUUUUCCUAGAUUCUUGUCGUAUUGUAGCUUUCCUGUACCUAACAAUAUGAUAAAAUUUCUGAGAUAACAGCGCUGCUCUUACCGGACCAGAAUUUGUUCCAUUUUAAUUUUGUUGAAGUUGUUUGGAAAUUUCUCAGUUUUAAUUAAUAUUGUAACGUUGUGAAACGGGCCUAUUAUGUGCCAGGUAUAUCUUUAACAUAAAACUGUAUAUACACAGUUAUGUAUUGUAGGUUGUUUUUUGUUAAACAGAAAUAACAAUUGUACAUAUAAAAUAAAAGAAGUUAUUAAUUUUGACUUACUGUAAA